AUGGGCGAUGCAGCCUGUCUGCAACCGACCGCCUUGCACAUUUCAGCGAAUCCCGCGCAGCUCGAUGGAUUUCGAUGGCGGGCGGAGACCCACGGCUCAGUACCUGGAAGGCCGCCUGCAUUGGGACAUGGGCGAGGAUGCGGUAGAUGCGGCCUUUCCAGUCGCCUGGUUGUGGCCACGUUAUUCGGAUUGUGGAGCAGGAGAAGACCUUGUGUGACAACAAUGCUCCUGGCCAAGAAAAAGGGCUUUGCACCGGAAGAGCCCAAAGAGGUCGAAGUUCUGGAUACCGUCGUCGUCGAGGGAAAAAAUGCUUCUGAUUCCUCGGAAGAUGCCGUGUUGCCCGAGGUAUUUACUGAGGACAUGAGAGACCUGCGGCAGGCUGCAGAGGACGGAGACCGGGACGCGCAGUUCCGCUAUGGCAAGGCCUUGCUGAAGGGCUGGGAGGGCCAGGAGGCGAACCAAGCCUCGGCUGCUGAGUGGUUGCUCCGGGCCGCCGAGGGGGGCCAGCGAGCUGCUCAGAGCGCUUUGGGAGAGAUGUACUACACCGGCCUUGGCAGGCCGCAGAAUAAGGAGCUCGCUUUAGAAUGGUACAUGAAAGCCGCCAAGUCUGGAGACAUGGAUGGCCAGUAUCACGUGGGCGAGAUGUACCACGAGGGCGAAGGGGUGAAGGUAAGCAAGCGGAGGGCGGGAAGAUGGUUUCUAAAGGCUGCUGAACAAGGCCGCAAGGAAGCUCAGUACAACGUCGCGAUGAUGUUCCACUUCGGAAACGGAUUGGCGGCGGAUCGGGAGGCUGCCUCUCAAUGGUACCGGAAAGCAGCCGAGCAGGGUCUGAUGGAAGCCCAGUACAGUCUUGGUGUUAUGCUGGAACGGGGUGAGGGGAUCGAAGUGGACAAGGCUGAGUCUGCCAAGUGGUACCAAAAGGCAGCUGAAGCUGGCCACAUUGCUGCCCAGAAUAACUUGGGCGCUGCCUACUACCUGGGGGAAGGUGUUGAGGAGAACAAAGCCACAGCAGCGAUGUGGUUCGAGAAAGCUGCCAGAGAAGGCACACAGCUGCUUCUGCCGCCCCUGCUUGCUGCUACAGAGUACACGCUCCGAGUUUGCAGCACGAACUGCGUGGGCGACUCCGAGGGCGCGGUUCUUCUUCUGAAGACGAAGCCUGGCACACCAGCUGCACCGAAGCCACCGCGGUCGCGCUGGCCAGCUGGAGCAGGACCACUCCGUCUAAGCUGGCGAGCACCAGAGGAUGGUGGAAGCCCGGUAGUGGAGUACGAGGUUCUCGUGGCAGCUUGCCAUAAUGAGUCGGAGAUUUUGGCAGCCCUGCACGUGCAGCACACAGAGGUGAAGAUUGCAGGUUGGCUGCAGGGGCGAUUUUGA